ACCCCCUCCUCCCAACCUCUCCACCUGAGCGACAUGGGGGCGCCGACGUAGAACCCUAGCUUGCCCUGCCGGCCGCCACCCUCUCCAACGACAGCAGCAUCAACGACCGCCGCAGCCCCGCUCCUUCCCCGACCGCGGACGCCCCGCUACGUCUCCGACCGCGGCCGCCCCGCUCCUUCCCCGACCGCGGCCAGCGCGCUCCUUCCCCGACCGCGGCCGUCCCGCUCCGUCCCCGACGUGUGCUGCCGCUCUGCUUCCUCGACGUCCCAUCUGCUCUCGUUUCUCUCCUUCCUCGUUACCACUUACUAGUCGCCCCCCUCCAUUCCCCAACCACUUCCGCAAAACGCUAGCUCGCCUCUCUCCCACUUCCUCGUUACCACUUACCAACCUCCGACCUCUAUUCUCCAAUCACUUCCGCAAAACACUAACACAGUCUCAUCUCAAUCUUCGUAUCCACAAAAGUCUCUCGUCUCUCUCCUUCUAUCUCGUUACCAGCCGCCGCCCUCCAUUUUUCAAGCCUAGCCAAAUCACCGCUGCUGCAAAACCCUAGCACAAUGUCCGAUUCAGAGCUGUCAGAAUUACAUGAUUCAGAUCCAGAGCCAGAUUUAGAUCAAAAUCAAGAUGCGGCAUUGUCAGAGCAACUUUUCAUGCGCCCGUGCAAAUUCAACGGUCACCAUAGGCUUAUUUUUCAGCAUAAUCCGAGGAUAUUACCCACACCCCCUCCACUCGUGGCACUGUAUAAUUACCUUGUCCUAACAGAAUCUGCGGACACAAAAUAUCCUCAACAUCCAGUGGAGGAAGAGGUGUGGAAACUUCCACUUCAAAGAAGACUCAAUGAGCUGAAGGUCAAGUUAUCAACCGAGGAUCACCUGGAAGCUAUCAAUAUGGAUACCUUUAAGGGUCACAACAUCAAUCUUGUACCAAUCCGCACGGAAGGCACCGAGUCAUUCGAGACACCGAAGGAUGGUGAUGAUGGCACUAGGCUUUUUUUCCUCAUCUGCCAGAAGCUUCGUAUUAAAGUCCACCAUGGGUGCCUUGAGAACCCAAAGGAUCCUGAGAACGGCGAAGGUCAGCUCACGCGUUUUGGUUUGAAAUGUUUGUCUGAAAACAUUGAAGAGGGAAACCUUGCUCUAUUCUUUAGGAAGGAUCAUCUUAGUGUAGUCUGCAAGCACCAUGGGACAUUAUUUGUUUUAGAAACAAAUAUUUAUAGUUGGAUUAAGAAGAAAUGUAGCCCAAUGUGGGGAACACUAAAUCUGAGUGAUCUUGAAGUGGUCUUAUUCACGUACCGGUUUACUCCUGCUGAUAUGCGCUUACAACGGAAUGCACAGGAACAAAGUGUUGUAGAAUUUAUUGGCAAAUGGAAUCAAGAUGAAGAGGCCAGGAAAAAUGAGCUAGAUGAUACAAGUCUCUUUGAUUCAGAAUCAGAAGGAAACAAAUCUCACAAGCCACCAGGAAAAAAGAGUGGUGGUAAGAAAAGUCGCCAGAGGAAGAAACGUGCAGAUAAGUCAGAUACAAGCAUCCAAGGAAGCACGGAUAAGAAACUGAACAAAUCAGUUGGAGCUGAAGAUAGUGCACAAAGACCCUGCGAUGACACUGGUGAGAAUGCGGCUCGAGCUAAAUCUAGUGCAGCAAGGCCUGAUGAUGAGUAUGACUGGAUAAAAAAGAGUGCUAUGCUUUUUUUUGACAAGUUUAAGGAUCUAGAUGAUGAAAUGCCAGAUGGAAAUAAUGAUCUCCCAUCAUAUGUCAGAAUGGUAGAAGCAUUGAAAGCUCAGCCAAAAGGGAGAAGAACAAACCUGGUUCAUAUAAAUUUUCCAGAUAUCGUAGGUCAUGACCCGACAUUGGCACUUGCAAUUUUGCACGAUAGAAACAGGCUAGAGAAGCUGUUGGCAGAAGUAUUCCUAGAUUUUCGAGUAAAACAUAAUUGUGGAAAUAAAGAACAGCUGAAGGGGAAGAUCAAGAUACGUUUUCAUGAUAUGCCGCCUGCUGACAGCGUCCAAGUUUUAGUGGCUUUCCUUGAAUCCAAUAACAUCAACCUCGCCGAGCUGCAUACAUUUUAUGAUGGGAAAACUGCUACCUCCACCUCAUUCUGGGGAAGAAGGGUUGGGAAAGGUUAUGUUGAUGAUAUAAUCGAGAAUCACCGGAACCAUAGAUCUUGGAAUGGAGAGUUCGAAUUGUCAGAUAUGGUGAUCAUCAACGGGAAAUUUCGGAUUCUGAAAUCUGCUGAGGCGACAGCGACCAGUGAUACAAUGUGUAAAGAUUUUCUGAAGCUGAUUGACCUUCUUUUCAACCGUUACGAACUUCCCAAUGCUGAAGGGAAGCCAACACCUCCGGCGUAUUUUGAUAUUUUCCAUCAAGAAGUCAUGACGAUGAUGUCUCUGUAUGACGAUCCAGAACCACAGAAGUUUAGGGCAUUUCAGAGAUAUUUGUCCCAUCAUCCGGCCUUCAAAGCACCGUGGGUGCGAUCAGCAUUGUUCGGUGAUGUGUGGAGAGUUAUCCAAGCUCUUCCUAGGAUCAUCCCAGGCGAAUAUAGUAAAAGAGAUCCUUAAGAUAGAUUGAGGCAACAUAUUGGGGAUUUUCUUGCUUCGGCGAAGACUGCCUGGGAAUUUGCUAAGGUUUAUGGAUUUUCCCAUACACCUGGAGAAACAGACAUCAAUAGGUAUCGGAGCUGCCUGCUUGUUAAUUUCUUGGAGUUCCUUCGUCACCUGGACGAACAUCUCCUUGAUCACACUAGAAAUAAUAAUGGCGAACAGAAAGUCAAGAACAUUAUCCAUGUCGAUCUGAUGAUUGGUGAUGUUUAUGAAGUUCAGGUGGCUACAUUAAUUCGUCAAAUGAUGUUAGACCUAACUGAUGCACCAUUUGCCAGCUCAUGGCGACAUUAUGAGAUGUCUGAAUGUGAGCUGGACAAUACUGAUCCUGAAAGUGGAAAGGAAGAUGAAGUGGAAGCAAAAGAUAUUUCUGAUUCUGGAAGUAAUAUUGUUAUCGGAAGUGUAAACGAAAAGAAUGCGCAGUUAGGAGGCAUGGAUACUUCUGCUUCUGGAAGUGGAAGUAAAUGAUGGGCAGUAACAAAGCUCCCGCAUCCUGCAUCCUGCAUCACCAAGCCUGGACAAUGCUGUUUUAACUUUGCAGUGAAACUUUGGCGAGGCAUACGAAACAUGCACGAGAUCGCAGGAAGACCUGUUCAAUCAUAAUGACUGCCGAGCAAUCAAUGUUGGAACUAUGCCUACCCUGAAACAUGUGUUGAAUUUCGUUUUGUAACCCUCUUAACUUUAUUACCCUACUAACUUUAUUAUUAUUUUUAUCACAUAAGGAGUGCCUAUUUAUAGAAUUCAAACAACCUGUAUAACCUGCUAGCGCUGAGUGUGUCGUAGAUGAUGUUUACCCCGGGAGGGGAAACGUUUGUGCUUGAACAAUCCACACGUGAUCUUGUGUUCCUGUGUUUCCUCAUGCUGAGCGUGAGCGAGUGUGUCAAAUAAAUUGGCCUUUAUGGUGCCA